UGCUCUGCAUUAGUGUUUAGAUGGGCUUACUUCACAUUUAGCUUUGUUGCACCCAGAGAAACCCCACUGUCCAAUUCAUCAACCCGGGAGGCUUUUGAAAGGGAAAUUAAUUAGCUGGGUCAGACUGACCUGUGUCAAAGGAGACAAGGACUUACUCAGGAGUUCAGAAAGGGAAAAGAAGAAUUAAAAAAAUGUCAUAAUUAUAUUCUUAAAAGCUCAGUUUUAAUAAUUUAAUUUAAAAGUGCUGUCAAAGCGAUUGAUUGAUUGCAUGUUAGUUAGUCCAGUGUAAGAAAUCAUAGUUGCAAAGUUGAAAGGAAAAAACACUGUUCAUGGAAAGCUUUUGUGAAUGAGCUGGCUUUCAUGCUUGGUACCUGUGAAUAGCUGGUAUGCCCUGUUUAAAGAUACUGGCCACACAUCUAGGGGUGGAUGUGUUGGUCUUGCUCUGAAAUUAGCAACAGAAGCUACAAUGACCUCUUCCCCCCACCCCCGAAAAAGCAGCAAAUCAAAAAUCAAUCAAAAAAAAAAUGUAACAUUGACUAUUUACGAAACUUUCAAUUUCGAAAUUCAUAUUGCAAUGAAUAGAAAAAAACAAAACCCUUUCAUAAAAAGGAUAUUCUGACACCCACACAUGUACAUCUGCACACUCGCAGACAUUUGCUGAAAGCUCUCUGAAAGUUCUUUUGUAGAUCCCAACAAUGUGUCCCUUGUUCCCAGCUUAUUUAUUCCACUUCCAUGUAAUUUUGAGUAGGACAAGCUAGUGAAAAUGCUGAGGAAAAGAGGCACCAGAAUGAUGGGAAGCCCUAUGCUGUCUGGAGGAUGUGUCAUUCUGGAAAUAUGUCCAUUAGCUGCAUUUAAAUCAUGCAAGCCUACAGAUUUCAGCAGUCUUGCAGAUGUUUGUUAUUAUGCAAUGCAUCACGUGUCUCUCUCUCUCUCUUGCUGUAGUUCCAGGCAGAUUUUGACAUGUUUAUUCCUCUCCAACUGCUCUACUGUGGUUUCUCUCUGACGUGUCAUCUGCUGGCAGGUGUUCAGAAAUGUGCUGUAUGUGCUUCUGAAUUACACAGCCCGGAUCACUGUGCAGCGAGGACCAAGGAACGGGGCACAAACAUGAAAGAGGGAAGUGUUGUUUCUCCCAUGUGGAAAGUGUUGCUGGUGGGGAUGUGCGUGCUGCUGCUCCUGAGCACGGCAGGUUUAGUGUUUCUGCUGUUUCGGCAGAAAGAGUUGGCAGAUGAGCUGUUUAGGCUGGAGUCCCAGAUGCAGGAGCUGACAGAGAGCUGCAGGUUGCUGACGGGAAUCCUGCCCAUCGACCCCGGAGAGGCCCGAGUGUUCAGGAAGCUCCACCGCCGCAGGAGAAACCAGGAAGAAGAUCCAAUGCAAAGCGAAGAUCAGAAGGAUAUGCUGAUGCUCAUGACAUACUCUAUGGUUCCUGUCAAAGCCUUCACAGACAUGUGCAGGAGCUCCAAAGGAAUUUGUUUAACAGGCCCACCUGGACCCCCAGGUAAACCUGGUUCACCUGGACCCCCAGGUCCACCGGGGCCAGAGGGGAGACGAGGUAGAAAAGGUCUUCCUGGUCCACCUGGUCCACCCUGCUCCACCUCUUGUUCCAGUGACAUGAAAAACAAGAUUACUGAAGGAAGUAGUCGUCAAAUUUACGCAUGGAGAGAAUCACCGACACCACGUCCAGCUGAUAACACAACUAAUGUUUUGAAUGUUAGUGGCACAAAUAUAAAAUUAGAUUUUGGUUCUUUUUAUCCAAACCACAGUCAAGACGCCUUCAACAAUACCAAAGAAGAAAAUGUCACAGAGGUCCCAGCCGGCGAGAGGUCCCAAUCAUCAGCAGGCCUGCUGAGUGUAGCCUUAGACAACAACAGCGACUCCUUCAGAAAUGUUACUGUUACUACAGUGGAAAGUGACUGGAUAUCACCUCACCCAGAUUACCAAAGUGACAACCUGACUGAAAUCGACCCAGAAAAUGUUACAGAAGCACCAAUGAAUUUAUUAGCAGUGUUACCAACACCAGGUGAGCCGCAUGAUGCUGGAAAAGCUCUCUCUGAUGAAACUUUAGACACAUAUUUGAAAGCUGAAUCACCAACAGCACAUCCAGCUGAAAACCUCAUAGAUGCUUUGAAUGUCUCUGACUCUGAGAAACUGGACAAUAAGACAGAAUCAGAAUCACCAACAGAUGGUCCAGCUGCAAACACCAGAGGAGACACAAAACCAUUUAUGAACAACUUUAAUGAUGCCAACACUGAAAAUGUUACAAAUGGACCAGUACAAUUAUUACCAGCUCCACCUGAUGCAGAUAUAAACAGUGACUCCUCUAAUGGCAGCGAGACCUUCAUUAAAGCAACUCUGAAAACUGAAUCACCAACAGCGUAUCCUCUUCAGAAAGCCACCACAGAUGCUUUGAAUGUCUCUGAAUCUGAGAAACAUCUGAGCAUGAAAGUGAAAACUGAACCGGUAACAUUUGAUGACGAUGAAAGCCAGGGGACCUUGAAUGACACAGAAACUAAAGGACCAGUAAUGCUGUUAACAGAAUCACCAACAGAACAUUCACCAGAAAAAUCCAGAGGUGUUUUGAAUGUUUCAGAUGCAACAACAGAACUUGAGUCCUUAAAUUUUGAUCAAAAUGACAGCCAGGGCUCCUGGAAUGAUACAGACACUGCAAAUGUCACAGAGGGGCCAGUAAGAGUAUUAAUAGCCCCACGUGAUGCCAACAUAAAGAGUGAUACGUUUAAUGGCAGGAGAACCAUCAUUAAAACAAGCACAAUAACAGUAACACCAACUCCACAUCCAGCUGAAAACACCAGAGAUGCUUUUACUGUUCCUGGUUCUAAAAAGGAUGCAGAUAAAACAAUAGAACCUGAGCUAAAAGCAGCUGAUAAAGAUGUUGCCUUCAAUGUUGCUAUACAAAAUGCUACAGAGGCAUCAGUGACACGAUUUAUAGGUUCACUUUCUGAAGAACUGGAUAAAAACAGAGACACUUUCAAUAACAGUGGAAACAUCAAUGAUAAACCCAUGACAACUGAUUCUUCAAAUAAGCUCUGGUCUGAUAAUAAGAUCAGUGUGACCACCGGUGACAAAUCAACAGAAAGUGAGUGUAUUAUUAAAAACAUAAAAUGCUCAGAGAAGCCCACUGAAAUGGAAAGCACCUAUGGAGCCUGGAUGUCAGACGCGUCGCAGCUGGAUGAAGAUCAGUACUGGGUGGCCGAUCAUUUUUCAGGUCGACAUUUGUGGGAAUAUCAGGACCUUUCAACAUCGCAAAACACUAAAAACACUAUAGACACCAAGAGGUUCUACCAGGGGUGUGGCCAUGUUGUUUAUAAAGGAUCAUUUUACUACCACAACGGCGGGAAAAACAGACUUAUAAAAUUUGGUCUGAAAACGAAGAGAACGCAGAUUCUGACCAUGCCAGACACCAGAUAUCACAACCUGACUUAUCUUUUUCGAAACUCAAAGACAUACUUCAAGUUUGCUGUGGAUGAAAGUGGACUGUGGGUCAUCUUUGCCUCAAACGCAGAUGACAGCACACUGGUCGCAAAGCUCGACGAUGACACAUUCUCUAUAGAGUCUGUCAUUAACACCACCUACCCGACAGCUAAAGCAGGAAAUGCUUUCAUUGUGUGUGGGGUGCUGUAUUUCACAGAUGACAAAGACAGAAGGGUGACAUAUGCCUAUGAUUUAAAGAAAGAGAGUCCUGUGGAUGCAGGUUUUGACAUAAGAUCAGGUAAUGGAAUCUUAGCUAUGCUGUCGUACUAUCCCAACAAAAAGAUUUUGUACGUGUGGGACAACAAAAGUGUGAAUACCUGCAGAGUUAAAUUCAAAAAGACCUAAAAAUAAAUAAUCAAACUCUAUGACAUCAUGCAGUUGGCUUCACAAGGCAUUGUAUGAUUUAGUUUUGUCACAAUAUACAGGUAAAUAAUUGUGCAAUUUUUUAUUUUUUUUUUGUGUCCCGUUUGGAUCUUUAGCCAUCAGAAUUAUUGUCUUAAGGCCAAGAAAGAUGCCAAGCGGAUUUAUUUUACCAAGUGGAUCAUCAUGGCCUUGCCAU